CUACUAUAACUGGUGGGGGAGGCGGUGACAGUAGUAGUGGUUGCACUGCAUGUCCAUAGAUUUCGUUGAAAUAAUUGAUGUACUUCUAGUAGUACCUGUAGUAUCGUAUAUACAUUCUUCGAAGAUAGAACAGCUGGUGGCUGAAAUCAUACGCAAGUAAGAUUAUAAGCAAGCAAUAUGGCAAUAGAAUUCAAAUACCCAGAUGGUACUGUUUACAAUGGCAUGUUUGAUGACCGUGGACUUCGGAUGGGAAUUGGUUCCAUUAUUUUCGGUGACAAAACAACUUACAAAGGAUCAUUUGAGAGUGGAUUGUUCACUGGCAAAGGCAGCAUUAACUUUCCAGAUGGCGCUUCGUAUGCUGGAGAGUUUUGGCAAGGUAAAUUUUAUGGUUACGGUGUAUUCGUAAAUGUUGACGGAAUGAAAUAUGAAGGCCAAUUCAAGGAUGGAGAAUUUCAUGGCUACGGUUUAGUAACAUAUGCUGAUGGAACUAAUGGCUUUCCGAAAAAGGAAGGUAUCUUUGAUAGAAAUGUAUGCAAAAUGAUAUGCGACAGUUCUGACCAUGUAGAAAAAGCAAAGUCAAUAGCUCAAGCUGCUCAGCAUAUCCGAGUAUAAGAAAUGUGCUUUAAAACGCAAGUGUUUUCAUUGAUAAUGAGACCAUUACUGCACAAAUAUGAUAAUGUCACUCUCUCAUAUUAUUAUUAGAUGAGAUUUCUGCACUAUUCCACAUCUGUUUUGUAGUUUUGCACUAACAGCAGUAAUCUUUGAAGAAGAAAAAGAAGAAGACAAAGGAGAAGAAGACAAAGACGAAGAAGAAGAAGAAGCUUUAAAACUAUCUAAUGUACAAAAACUUUGGCGAUCAAACAGUCUUCAUAAAAUCACAGACCACUUCCUUUAAUGACCUAUAUUGUUAUGCAACCGUAAUAUGCCAUAAACUAUAUUAAAUGUUUUUAUAAGUCAAUGCCAUGUUCUCCUGUGUUAGCAGCGCUAUUACAUCUCUUGUUAAGAUUAUUUUUACUGAUAUUCUACAGAAAUUAUUGCCAGCAUUACGAAACAUUAUAACAAAACUCAGUCUGGCUAUAAUUUCUGUAGAAUAUCUGUAACUUUCUUUAAUGAUUAGUAAUGGGAAAUAUUUCUUUCACAUCACUUUAACACAUAUAUUUAGGAUGAUCUCAGGAACUUGUUUUGAGUAAAACUGACCAUAAUAAGGAAGUGUGAGGGUGGGAGUUGGGGGUAAAAAAA